AUGUCUGCAGGUGAAGCACUGCCCACCAGGGUGCUUGCGGGUGUGACUGUGCCGGAUACGCCCCUCAUCACCAAGGCCAUAGACUUUGCAAGGGAGUACUCUUCCGACGACACCUUCAACCACAUCAUCCGGUCUUUCCUCUUUGGCUUUAUCAUCGCAGACAAGGUCAUCGGCGAGCGUGAUCGAGAAGCACACGCCGUCGCCGCAUUGUUGCAUGAUCUCGGGUUUCCCAUCGGCCAUCCACCGCAUUCGGACAUCAUCAGCGCCGACAAACGGUUCGAGGUCGAUGGUGCGAAUGCUGCUCGUGGCUUCCUGAGGCGGGAAGCUCCAGAUUGGGAUAAGCAUCGCUUGCAAUUGGUCUGGGAUGCUAUUGCGUUGCAUACGAUCGGAAGCAUCGUCUUUGAAAAGGAACCUGAAGUUCAAGCCACCAGCUACGGCAUCUGGGCGGAUUUCCAGGGACCAGAUCGAAUCCAGGGAAACCCGUUGUCGUGGGAUGAGUAUAAUGCUGUUGUCAAGGAAUACCCAAGAUUGGGUUUGUUGAAGGGAUUGAAAGAUAAUAUGCUGCAUCUUUGCAAGACCAAGCCUCAAACAACCUACGAUAGCACGGUCGGCGAAUGGGGGGACAGAUACCUAGCACCCGAGGAGUAUAGCAGGAAAGGCAAGCUGACACAGGAUCUACUGGAAACCUGCGAUCUUGAUGAUUUGUGA